AUGACGCAGCUGGACAAGAAGCUUGACAGUGAACCAACGGAAAACCACAAGUUCUUGUCAGAGAGGGGUGUAUUGGUUGCCUACAAGCAGGAGAACCCAGGAGCACGCAUCACAAAGAACCCGCUGGCCAAGGAGGAAGUGGUGAUACACGAAAAGAAACAAACAGGUCUUCGUGGACCAAAGGUGAAGUUUGUUGAGCUUGCGGUGUAUGAAGAGAUAUAUGGGGCGCCUGCUCCAGAAAAGGUGAAGACGCUAAUGAUCGAUGGCACGCAAACAUUGGGAGUGGACGUGAUUGAAGAGAAGGACCGUGGAAUCUACGAGUACAUCAAUGACACAAUCCAUGAGGUGGACAGAUCCAAUCAACUGAAUUGCUCCGAGCUGCAACUGAGUGACACAACGAACGAUUCGAUACAUCAGUCUGCAUUGAAGCAAUUGAAAUCAUCAGCGUUUCAAGCGGAUGCUGCGGCAGCCAUCAGAAUGAGGCCAAGUGGACAGGCUGAGCGCUAUCAUGAUACACCAACUGGCCCUGAUGGUGAGGCCCAACAUGUUGAAGAAGUUGCUGCUGAGGAGGAGGAGGAGGAGGAUUGGAUUGAUGCCUUGAUGACACAGCCAUUUUCCUCUUUGUUUCAAAGGAUGGCCAAGCCUGAGAAGAGGCGCCCAGCUGCAAGUACACAGGGAGCACCCAAGAGGGCCAAGACUACACCUGUGGCCAAAAGCAAGAACCAGAAGCCUCAGCCUCAGCCGGCUCCUACUCCUGGUAUUCCUGAAGCUACCGCGAAGCCCAAGCCAAGACCAAAAAGGAAGUUGGAAGAUGGUGAUGCAAUUCCACCACCAAAACCUCAAGUGGAGGAGAUUGCUGAUCUGUCAGACAUGAGUGAGGACCACAAGAUCUUGGCAAACUACACGAAACAACUGAAAGAUCUCACACAGUUGGAUGCUACAUCAUCUGAUGACGCUGGGUUUGGACCAUGGGUGAAGAAAAGGACUUCAGCUUUGGGAGAGCUACGUUCGGGGAUUCAAGCGAAGAAGAAAAGCUUGAAACGACGAAAGGAGAAGGUUCAUGAUGGUGAUUCUAUCAACAUCACUGAGGAACUUGACUCAAUCUUGGAGUACAUCACAUAUUUCCUGACCUUCUUGAAGAAGCUGCAAACUGGUGUCACAGAAGGGUGUUCGUGCUAUGAAACCAUCAUGGACAUACAACGUGAAGAAGCUCGAGAACACGAAGAGGUUUCACCUGCCAUUUGGGAACGAUGUUUGCGAGGAAUUGCAUUUGAGGACUUGAAGACUGCGAAUUGGGAGAAGUUCUUUGGUUCAACAUUUGAUCUUUGCAAUCAACACCUGGGAGAGCAUGGCCCAAGCUUCUUCAUGCUACUGACCAGCCAGCUUACCCAACGACUGCUCAAAGGUGGCGGCAAAAAUGUCACCAAAGAUCCAACUUAUUUUGAGAGUUUCAUGAAGAGCCUGUCCCAGUUUAUCACUACCAACGACAUUGACGAUCAGGAUGAGCGUGGGCAUGACACCAAAACCAUUGUCGGUGUGGUGACUUGUUUGAUGGAUGAAUCAUCUGCUCCAACGCACGUUCUCAGGGCUUGUGAGACAUUGAGAGGUUCAUCACAUUGGCUUGCAGAGGCCAUGACUGGCUUGGAUUUUGGAAAGAAACUUAUUCAAGUAGCCACGCAGCAUGCUGAGAAGAGGAAAGACCAUGGAGAAAUCUUGGACCGAAUUGCACAACAGUUGGAUCUUCUUGAAGAGAAAACAUUUCUGGACUAUGACAGCGUUGAUCUGAAGGCGUUGGAUGCAGCCUAUGGAGAGAUGAUUCUUCGGAUGAUGAACACCUGGAAGCUAUAUUGUGAUCCAAAGAGCAAAGCUUUGAGGGCAGCGGGUGAUCGCUCGGCACUCAACAAGCUCAUGGAGUACAUGGAGAAAGCUACAUGGGUUGUUCUUCGAGCAUUCCUCAAUUACGACCUCAAAGAGUACCUGGAUGCCUUUGCCACAUCAAUGCAGAACAAGACGGUGUUCGACAAGAAGGUGGUUACGUCGGAUACUUGCAUGGUGAGAAUGGAGCCAACAAGCAAGCACAUCAAGAUCCUGAUGAAGGACCUAGAGAAGUUGGUAGAGUUUGUACGCAAGGCAACCACUCUUUGUCAAGGUGAUACCAUGCCUCCUGCUGAAGCACAGUCAUGUGUGGAAGAAUGGACAGCAUUGAACAAGGAGUUCAUUCUCUUUCUUCAGAAUUCUUUUGCGUCCGAAGUUCAGCAAGAAUCAGGCCUCAUUCCAUCAAUGUGCGACAUCAUUGAUGCACUAUCCGGUGUCACUGCGUGUGUGAAGGCUACGUUCAGCAGUCAGGUCAACACACAGGCAAUGGCAUAUCUUGUCAAGUGCAUCAAGCACAUCAUUGACAAAGUUGUCUCAGAGGUCCCGCUAGAGCAAUCUGACGUGGAUGAGUUCACCAAGAACAUGGACGAAAGCAUGCGCAUGUCCAGUGUAUUGGGAGAGAAUGGCAAUAGAAUCCGAUCAGGCCUCAAGAUUCUUGAAGUUAUGAUCAAAAACACAUAUUGCCUUCAAUGUGUUGAGGCAGACGGUGUCUAUGGUGAAGACGGAGACGAGUUGGCUGUUCUAGCUUUGUUGAAAGAUGUGAUUGAACAUGACAACUUUGAGUCUCACUUGGAGAAUAUGACUGCUACUACAACAACUUUGGCUUCGUCAGAGUUGCUGGAUGGCAUUGACUUGCACAAAUUUGCAAAAGAGGCCUCAACGACUUUGCGUAAGUUGAAGGCUCGUUCAGACGACUACAUUGCCGAAGUGAUCGACAGCCUGAAGCACGGUUUCGAUGACAUCAAGGUGCCUGACUUGACCAUCUCGGAUGACCUGUUCAACGUAGAGGAUCUUCAACAUGUUGAUCAAGUCGCAGCAUUGGUUUCCUCCACUUUCACUGCUGAUGCAACAAAGCAGAUGUUGGAUGUCACUGUGGAGCUGGAGAAGAUCAUUGGAAGUGUGAAAAACAUUGCCAUGAGUUUGAACAAGGCACCAAACGAUUUGAUGGACAACUUCGCUGCAAUUGAGUCUCUGUGGCGCCAAUGCCUCUCCUGGAUGUGGGGCUCCUAG